CUAGAGUCUGCUUUGGAAGAAAUUCAACUUCACCUUUAAGAGACCAAAGAUUUGCUAAUGAGAGAGCACAAGAAAGCAAAGGAGGCGGCUAGGAUAGAAGAAGCCCAAACUGAAGAACUUGUGAAGCUACAGUCUACUUUAGAAGAAAUCCGAUUUCAGAUUAAAGAGGCGAAUGAAAUGCUCAUGAGGGAACGAGAGAAAGCAAAGGAAAAUGUUGAAUUAGUGGAAGCCAAAACUGAAGAGCAUGUAAAGCUACAGUCAGAUUUGGAAGAAUUGCGACUUCAAUUUCAAGAGACUAAAGAGUUGCUCAUGAGAGAACAACGGAAAGCAAAAGAGACUGCUGAAAUAGGAGAAGCCAAAACUGAAGAGCAUGUAAAGCUACAGACUGAUUUGGAAGAAAUGCGACUUCAACUUCAAGAGACUAAAGAGUUGCUCAUGAGGGAACACCGGAAAGCAAAAGAGACUGCUGAAAUAGGAGAAGCCAAAACAGAAGAGAAUGUAAAGCUACUGUCUGCUUUGGAAGAAAUGCGGCUUCAGCUGCAAGAGACUAAAGAUUUGCUUGUGAGGGAACAAGAUCGCACAAAGGAGACAACUGAGAUAGAGGAAUCCAAAACUGAAGAACAAUUAAAGCUACAGCUUACUUUGGAAGAAACCCGACUUCAGUUUCAAGAGACUAAAGAAUUGCUCAUGAGGGAACAAGAGAAAGCAAAGGAGAUUGAAGACAUGGAGCAGGCCAAAACUGAAGAAAAUGUGAGACUGCGGGCUGCAUUGGAAGAAAUGCGACUUCAGUUUCAAGAGACUAAAGAAUUACUCAUGAAAAAAUGUGAGAAAGGAAAAGAUAGCACUGCAGGGGCAUUUGUUGUACAAGAGGCUCAGGUCAUUGAUCUUGAAAUGGUCAAUAAGCUCGUCACUGAAAAUGAGAUACUUAAGGUGCCUGCUGCACAAGACAUCAAGUUCAUUGAUCAUGAAAUUGUCAAUAAGCUUACGGCUGAAAAUAUGCAACUUAAGGCCUCAGUUAGCUCAUUGGAGAAGAAAAUUGAAGAAACAGAGAAGAAAUACGAGGAAACAACCAAACUUAGUGAGGAGCGGUUGAAGCAAGCCAUGGAUGCAGAGUCCAAAAUGAUCGAGUUAAAGACGGACAUGCAAAGGAUCAAGGAGAAAUUGUCUGAUAUAGAAACUAAGGACCAUAUUCAUCGAAAACAAACAUUAUUGAAUUCACAAUCUAAAAGAAUGUUAGGACAUUUUACUCUAGGCAAUCAGCCUUCAGAGAACGGCCAUCAAUUUAUGAAAGACCCACAAGCAGCAAAAGCGUUAAAACCAUUUGGCACAUUAUCAUUGAGAAGAUCCCAAAUUGAUAGACAACGAGAGAGUGUGGAUAUUCUUUUCAAAUGUAUUAAAGAAGAUCUCGGUUUCAGCGAAGGAAAACCAGUUGCGGCAUUUACGAGUGUUUCCAGUGUAGUUGUUGGAACACAUGUUUGGGUUGAGGAUCCUGAGGUAGCUUGGAUAGAUGGAGAGGUUGUUGAAAUCAAUGGUGGAGAUAUUACAGUCAACUGUACAUCAGCGGCAAUUGGGAUGGGCAGUGGUGGAAAGCUACAGAUAGAGAUUAAGUACAAGAGUUUUGAUAAAGUUGAAGAGAGAAAGUGGUGGCACAUUCCAAUAAUUACAGAACUUCUUGAGAAGAAUGCCAGGAUUGAAGGGAAAAGGAUGAAAUAUUUGUGGGUCAUUUUGGUGAGUUUAAUGGGGUGUGUUUUUGAUGAGAAAGGGUGGGGGCUAAAUCCUGAAAGGAUAGGAGGUGACUUCAAGCACGAAGUUCAGGUCCACAGCGGUUUUUUAAGUGCAUAUGAUUCGAAGAAAGGAAUAUCACUCAAAGCAACCAAGGAGACCGUAGAAGAAGUUUCAAGCGAUGAUGACAACGAAUUUGGACUCAUCAUCAAGAAGUUCCACAAGUUCAUGAAGAAGGAAUUUGAGCAGAAGGGAAGGAAGCACGACGGACCUCCCAAGUGCUACGGCUGUGGCGAGAUUGGCCACAUCAAGCCAAGGUUUCCAAAAGCCAAACACGGCAAUGACAAGCCCGGCUUCAAGAAGCAAAGGGCUUACAUCUCUUGGGGUGGUGACUCCGGCGACGAGUCAACUGACCAAGAAGGGGAGGAAGCCGCCAACCUCUGCCUCAUGGUGCACGAAGAUCAAACCGAUGACAUUCAAGAGACGUCAACCCAAUCGUCGGUGAAUUUCUCUCUUUUCACCGUCAACCGCUGCACCGCCUCCCAAAUCGCCGGCGAACUUCAACCCCUUACCACCUCAAAUCUAGCUUCGUUCGUCGCACACGCCAACCGUCCCCACUGCCGUCCCCAGUUCUCGUUUGCCGGUCAUCCACCACACGCCCUUCGACAAGAAGAUACAUUAACAAGGGAGGACCGAACUACAGUCCCUGCCGAGGAAAAGCGACACGCAAAAGGUUUGAAAACGAUGACGAGGAAGAACUAAUCUUAAGCUCUGAUGACUCAGAAGAAGAACUAAAACACUCAACGGAGAGCGAGUGCUCUGAAUGAUGAAUGAGUAACAAUGAGAACCCCCCUCUUCCCACGCCAACUGAUACAGAGGUCCUGGAAUGCUUGAGGAGGAGCGUCCUUGGUAGGUGGAGGUCCUCUUCUCGUGAGGUAUCAAGCCACACAAAUCCGUCUAUAGGCACUCCCUCGAUUGACUCGCAGCGGUCCCCCUCCACCCCACGUACUAUUGGAUCUGGGCCUUGUACUUCAGGUA